AUGGGCAUCAAAGGUGUGUACUCUGCAUCUGGACAUGCAUUUGUGCCAUGGAUAUUGACACGCUCAGGCUUGUUGCCUUUGCUGAAAUCGAUUCACAAGCAUUCCACACUCAAGAAGUUCUCUGGACAGACUAUUGGAGUUGAUGCCUAUGGAUGGCUGCACCGAGGCGUGGUGGGCUGUGCGUUCGCCCUUGCCAUGGACAAACCCACCACGAUUCACAUCGAUUUCGUGCUAAGCCGAGUGCGCAUGCUCAUCGACUUCGGUGUCACCCCAUACCUGGUAUUCGAUGGGGACAAUCUACCCAGCAAAGCCGGCACAAACGCUGCGAGGCGGAAAAAGAGGGAAGAAAGCAGAGCGCUGGGCCUGGAAUUGCACAAGGCUGGGAAGACCACUCAAGCCCAGCAAGAACUACAGAAAGCCAUCGACGUUACACCACUUAUGGCUCGCCAGCUCAUCGAGGAACUGAAGAAGCUCAAUGUUCAGUACAUUGUCGCGCCGUACGAAGCCGAUGCCCAGCUGGUUUACUUAGAGCAGAAGGGCAUAAUCGAUGGCAUUCUGGCUGAGGACUCCGACAUGCUUGUAUUCGGCGCGAAACGGCUUCUGACCAAGCUAAAUCAAUACGGAGAACUGGUUGAAAUUGAGCGAGCCGACUUCGCCAUGUGCAAGGAGAUUAGUCUUGCCGGCUGGACCGAUACGAUGUUUCGACGAAUGGCGAUCCUCAGUGGUUGCGACUAUCUACCUAACAUUGGGAAACUCGGUUUAAAGACCGCCCAUGGCCUUGUCCGCAAGUAUAACGACGUGGAGAAAAUCCUGCGUAUUGUUCAACUGGAAGGCAAAAUGAUCGUCCCGACUGGCUACUUGGAAGACUAUAGGGAUGCAGAACUGACAUUUCUACACCACCGUGUCUUUUGCCCAACGACACAAAAGGUGGUACACCUAAAUGAGCUUCCCCCAGGAAUGUCCGAUGCGGACAUGCCGUUUCUGGGGCCGUACGUCGACCCUGAAACGGCACUCGGUGUUGCCUGUGGUGACCUCGACCCGUUCACGAAGAGACCUUUGCAGGUCAACAAGUCGCUUGCUCGUCCAGCUCUAGGAGACCGAAGAAGACAAAGUUAUGCAGCCGCGGCAGAUCUGAAGCCGAAGAAAUCGAUAGAGACAUUUUUCCAGCCAUAUCGUCAGCCUCUGGCGGAGCUGGACCCCAACAGCUUGACGCCGUCUCCUUCACAGCAACGAGUAUUCGAACGCAACCGAAAUGCUUCGUGGGAGCCAAGACUGGUCAACUCGGCUCCUGCUUUGCGGCGUAAUGCAACAGUCGUAGUUCCGCCAUCGGCCCCUGCGGACCGGGCCAGUUUCUUGGUUAGAGCUGCGACAAUGUCGACAUACCAGCCACCGAAACGACAACGUCUGUGUUCAGACUCGACAGAGCCUUCGCCAACCCAAGAGUUGAAGCAGAGCCCGUUCUUCCCGGCCAAGGGCGGAGAGGCAAGCCCCUUGGCACAAAAGAUGCCUAAGAACAGGAGAAGCCAAAAAUCAAAGUUUGAGGUCUUCGCGGACGAUAACAGGGGAAUGCUGCUUGGACCUGAGGUCCAGCAGGCCGCCAGUCCCCACAGGGAUGUGCCUCGCAAGUCUUCCGUCAAAGUAAAACCACCACUGUCUCAAGAACAUGAUUCGCAGGUAUCAGUGCCACAAUCGUCUCCAAUCGCCAAAUCGCCAAAGCAGCCAAUGUUAGCACCAUCGGUGAGCAUGACCCCAUCACACAACAGCGCCGCAUUGAAAGAGAUCGACCAAGACGACGAUCCCGAUGGAUUUGAGGAUCUCCUGGAAUAUCACAUUCGAAAACAAAAUCAAGGGUUGACAAAGGCGAAGCUAAAGGGGUCGUUAAUGGAGACUUUUGGUCUUCAAACGCAGCACCGGCGAGACCGAUCUCUACAGUCUCUACAGUCACUACCAGCUAUAGAGCCUGGACAACAGACAUAUGACCGCGCAUGUGACGAAGUACAGAUAAGUGCGCUCAAGGAAUUGCCCCAAGCUGGUGAUGUUGAAUCACUUCGCGCUAGGGAGAGCCGGACCAAUACAUGGGAUCGUUCACCACCCAGGGUUCAGCAGGCGGCGUUGGAGUCGCUCAAAAGACGAACUGCACCAGCACCAGCACCACACCUACGAAGUGGACCCAUUGGCGACCGGCGAAUAAGUGCCCAAGCAGAGGGCCACAACUCGGCACCAGGUAUUGUGCGUGGUAGUGAGGAUGCUUUGGUGCCCAACAGCGAGGAUGAGAGCUCAGACGUGGGCUCGCCGAAACCCAAGUUUGACCUCAGUGUAUUCUCAUUUGUAUCGGCGUGA